UCAGCUGUCGAACAAUAAAUGUCAGUGAAACGUCAAUGUCAGAAAAGCUUUAUUAUUUGUGAACUUUGCAAGUUGUUUUAAUAUUUAUAUUAAUUUUUGUAUUAUAAUAAUAUAGGACAUACUAGAAUAUAGUUUUUUGUGUUAUAUAAAGAAGCAGACUAAUUUCAAGUUAAUAAAAAAUGACAACAGCUGCCCGACCAACUUUUGAACCCGCUCGAGGUGGUUCUGGAAGGAAUGAGAAAGAUCUUAGUGCUAUUUCUAGACAGUACUCAAGUAGAGAUUUACCAGGCCAUACUAAAUUGAAAUAUCGCGAACAUGGGCAAGGAACUCAAGAUGAAGCUCGUUCCAGGGAUUUCCGUCGUGAACUUGAAGAGAGGGAAAAAGAGAAGCGUUUGGGAGGUUCUAGAACAGAUCAUAGCAGCAGUAAAAGAUUGAAACUCGAUCAGGUACCUGCAGCUAGUUUAGACGCUGAUGAUCCAGUUGAUCAUGAUGAGGAUUCUGACUCUAGCGAUGAUGAAGAUGAUACCGAAGCACUUUUGGCAGAAUUAAAUAAAAUUAAAAAAGAGAGAGCGUUAGAACAAACCAAAAAGGAAAUCGAAAGGCGACAAGAGGAGGAGAGAAUAAGAAUGGAGAACAUCUUAAGUGGAAAUCCCCUUUUAACACAUUAUUCUGCCGGUUCUGGAAAAAUGGACCACAAAGUUAAAAGGAGAUGGGAUGAUGAUGUAGUAUUUAAAAAUUGUGCAAAAUCUGAACCUGAAAAAAAAGCUACUGUGUUUAUAAAUGAUUCACUUCGGUCAGAGUUUCAUAAAAAGUUUAUGGAGAAAUAUGUAAAAUAAUGAUUUUUUAUUGUUAAGGAAUGUUUAAUAGGUAAAUUGAUAUUUGUAAAAAAUAAACAUCAAUUUUGAUAUUUA